AUGCUGCGACCCGCCGUCAACGCUGUGCAGGUCGACUGUCAGUCUCUGCUGGCAACGGCUAGAGCUGUUUCCAGGAGAAGGACAGUGCACACGGCCCGCCAGCUACAACAGAACCAGAGCAACUGGGCCCCUCCUGCCUCAAAUCGCCGUCCUCCAAACAACAACUAUAAUAACAACAACGUCGAUAGCAACAACAGUAACAGCCGUAAUAGUAAUGCCAACCUCUCCGACCUCUCCGAAUCCCUCGCUUUCCUGACCUCCAACCGUCCACCCCCCGGAAACCGCUAUCAAUCCCGUCGUAAUGGCAAUAACUAUAACAACAACAAUGGUGGCAACAGGAAUAUAAACCCUUACAAUAGAAACCGGCGGUCCGACCCACUCGAAACCAGCGACAACCAAUCAUUCAUUCGCUAUCGACCUUUUGACGGCUCUUCUUCUCGACCCCCUCGAAAUCAAUACGUUCCGGGUCCUGAAGAUGACCAUGGAGAUGCAGUCAAUGGAAAUGUCCCCCUGACGACCCCCACAAACCCAGCCUACGCAAAAAUGCUACGGAAACUCCUAGACUUGACGAACAACUCUACUCCUCGAGAGGUCUUUACUCAUGCCAAGCUCAUGGCUUCGAAGGGAUAUGCUCCUACGUUGGAAACAUACAGCUGCCUAAUCCAAGCAUGCGCUCAUCCAAACGUUGGCUGUUCUAUGCAAGAGACUGCGUUAUCCCUUUUCGAGGAACUGAAGGAAGAAGGCUAUACACCCAAUAGUACAAUCUACCACAGCCUCCUCAAGAUAUUCGCCUCUUCGCCGGAUUAUAUCUCCAUGGAAAGGGUUUUGAAGGAGAUGACGGGUACAUACGGGAUAUUACCUGACGUGGAAGGACAACAGCAUAUCCUAAGACAUUAUUUGACAACGGGACAGUUGGAACGUGCGAUGGAAAUGUUUUAUGAAAGGAGAGCUACUGGCGAGAAGGUUCAUUAUAACACUUAUAUGGAGAUCAUAAAGGCCCUGGGGAGAGUAAAUGAAGUUGAGGAGGCUAUGAGGGUCAUGAUCGAGUUUCAGAAAGAGUGGGGGUCCAUUGCUGGCUCGGGCAUUCAGCCGAUUGCUUGGUAUGAACUGCUUAAUAUUGCAGCUUCUAACUAUCACAUCGAUGGAGUAUCCUACAUCUGGAAGAAAGUCGUCCAAUCCCCUCCUCCAGGCUCUCGUGCAACUCUGAACCCCGACGACGGUCUCUGCCUAAAAGUCCUAAACACUGCCGCCCGUCACGGGAACCCAGAUCUAGCACUCGAGGUUUUCCGCAUCCUUACUCUUCGAAACGUGCCAUUCCAAGAACACCAUUAUGCAGCCCUGAGCGCCGCAUACGCCCGCUCCGGACAAUUAAUUCCAGCAUUCAGAGCUCUAACAUUGAUGAGAAACCAAGGAAUAGCACAUACUGCUACCACCGCGAACGCUAUCAUCGAGGCCUUGACAAGUUCUGGAAAGAUUGAAAAUGUGGAUUCCGCAUACGCUACUUUGAAGGACUUUGUUGCGUCCAGCAACGACAAAGAAGUCGUCGAAGUGGCAGGUUUCAAUGCUGUUUUGGCAGCCUGCGUGAAACUCAAGGAUUUGGAAAGAGCAUUGGGUGUCUACGCCGAAUGUGCGGCUCUGAGCGUCGCUCCAAAUACUGAGACGUUUAAUAUAUUGUUCAAGGGAUGCUUGGAAUGUGCCACUCCAUCCGAAACUCCUGACGCUACUCCUACGGCGCCGAAUAAGGAGCUUGCAAUGUUCUUGGCAAAUGAAAUGAAGGAGAUGGGAUUACAACCGGACUUUGUGACAUAUGAGGAGUUGUUGAGGGUUAGUCUUUACCAAGAAGAAGAUUAUGAAGAUGCCUUUGUGUAUUUGGAGGAAAUGAAGGAAGUUAUCCCUGGCGGGAAGGUUAGGCCGAUGGUGUAUAGCUGGAUUGCACAGAGGUUAGAGGAGAAGGGAGAUGAGAGGUUGGGGAUGGUGGUAGAGGAGAUGAAGGGUUUGGGAUAUGAAGAGGAGGCCAAAGUUUGGGAAGAGGCAGUGGCGAGAGUGGCGCCGCCGCAGUUGGUAUAUAAAGACUAG